AUGUGGACUCCAUAUUUCUAUCUCGCAGACUACAGUUUGGCGAACGGCAUGUCUUCCAAGCUUGCAGGCUACCUCUUCGUGUUCCUCAACACUGGCUCAUUGGUUGGUCGCAUCGCUGGAGGAUUUCUCGCAGAUCACCUCGGACAAUUCAAUGUCAUCACUACAGCGUGUUACUGCUCUGCGAUACUGCUCUUUAGCUGGCUCGCCAUCACCUCCACUGGCGGCUUGAUUGUCCUGGCAUUACUUUUCGGAGCCUCCAGUGGCAUCAUCAUUGCCCUUAUGAUGUCGACAAUAGCACAUAUGGCCGAUCAUCCUAGCAAGGGUCUGGCAGGUACACCCAUCACUGGUGCUAUCUUUGACAAAGGCACCGACUACUCGAGAGGGAUCAUCUUUAGUGCUGCUGUGAUGAUGGUCGGUGCCAUCUUGACUUCGGUGGCCAGAUACACUUUCGCAAAGGACAAGGUUGUCGCUUGA